AUGUCCCAGGAAAUUGAAGAUGCUCUCAAUGAAUUUCGCCUUGAUAUUGCAUCAGAACGUUCAGAAGACAGUUUUGAUAUCCAUGAUAACGACACCGAAGAUAGUGAUGGGGACAUUAUUAGACCAGGAAUUGAAUGUCGUAGAAUAAUUUCAAACGAUUCGGAAAGUGAUGAGGACGAGUGGUCAGAAAAUGAUAAGGAUAUAUGUUUAGAAGGAUAUCAACGAACUUCAGGUGUAAACAUUAUACCAAAAAAUAAAGAAAGUGUAUUGGAUGUAAUGCAAUUGUUCCUUGAAAAUGAUUUAUUCGAAUUAUUCACAACAGAAACCAACAGGUACCACAUUCAAGUUUCACACAAAUAUAAAGAAUAUAAAAUUGCUAAAUGGACUGACGUGACAAUACAAGAAAUGAAAAAAUUUAUGGAUUUACUUAUUUUGAUGGGACAAGUUCGUAAAGGAACUUUGUAUGAUUAUUGGUCAACUUCGCCAUACAUUCAAACUCCUAUAUUGAUGAUUGCUAAAUCAGAUGGUGGGUAG